AUGUUUUUAAUAGGUUAUUCUGACAUUAAAUUGGAUGAAACAUCACAAGUUAUAGGUGAAGAAAAUGUUAGCGGUAAAGUUGAAAAAGUGAAAGAAGUUGAUAUUUAUGAUAAACCUGUCUCUAAAAGAUCUAUUCAACAAGAACCUAAUAAAAAUGAUAUAGACAAAUUUGAUGAUGCAAUAGAGAAACAAAAUUUUCGACUUGCAUCAACAUUACGGAAAAUAAUACCCUUCUAUAAUGUUGAUAAAUAUAAUAAAGUAUUUGUAAAUGGUGUUAAACUUACAUGGUUAUUAAAAGCAAAUAAUAAUUUCUUGAGAUUACAUCCUAUAAGUGCCGAUGAUGAGAAUGGUGACCCUAUUAAUGAUAUAGAGCAAGAUAAUUUGCAAACAAAUAUCAAGUAUAAGUUAUUGUGUCAUGAAGAGGUGAAACGUUUUGUAACUGCAAUUUGUGAUGUUAAAGGAUACUUAUUAGCUUGUGUUAGACCAAAG